UGUAAAACAAAAUUUAGGCUAUUUUAUAAUAGAGAGCCCGAGACAUAUACUUUUCAUCACAAUGAGACUUUUUCUCUUAAAUUUUAUAGUCAAAUGCAAGUUCUUGAGAGAAUAAUUACAAAUGAAUGUUUAAAUUAGAGCCUGAAUUCGAUAUGGACACUAUUGAUCAUUUUCGGCUGCUUAAAAAGGCUAGACACAUACCAAGGACAAAAGAAAGGUUCCUCAGAAACAACUGCAAAAGCAGCUUUUCAUAAGCUGUUUUUUCAAUGUCAGGCUGGAUCAAGGCAAGGUCACUUUCUGCCAUUACAAUGAACCCAACAAAGACCACAAUUAGCAUAAUCACUUGCCUACAAAGAGAGACCUCCUCUAUAAAGCCUAGUGAUUAUCGGUACCCAUCACAAUGUCCUCCUGUCUUUAUGCUACACUCUACUGAUUUGCAGGCAACAACCGUCUUAAAACAAGCAUAGAGAAUAUCGUCGUAUAAGAAAAGCUUAAUUAAUACCUCAUGCCUUGGAUAUUCGAAUAUGUGCUUGGGCUAACUUCAUAGACGCUAAGCUUGGAUUCACCACUCACCCAAUAUUCUUUUCAUUUCCUGCUUUAUAUGCAGCAUUGAUGUCAUGGAAUUCAUUUCUGAAAGUUCUUUUUCUAAGAAAUUUCAUUUCAUUUUCUGCAGCCUCCCUUUAGUAUUUCCUUUCUCAUCAGGAUUUCAUUUCAUGAGAUCUCAAAGCUAAAUAGAUACUGUUGCUGUUUUUCUCUUCUCAGUUAGAUCACAUAGGUCCUGGUUUAUGUUAUAUACUAAAGAAUAUUUUGAGACUACCACAUGAAUAAACCAUAGAAAAAACUGGAUUUUUAAUCAUUUUAUUUCCUCUGAUAUGUUCUUUGAGAACAAGAUCAUCCAGACAAGUUUUAGUGCGAACUCUUCAAUAAUCUGCUUAAAUCAUGUCUAUAGAAGCUCAACCUCAAAAAGUAGUGGUGGUCCAAGAUGCAUCGAGGGAUGUUAGCCCGACCGCAAUCAGAUGGCUACUUAAAAACUUUUCAUUUAAGGCAGGAGAUGUUCUGAUACUCUUUGGAGUUCUUCACCAGGUUAAUAAUCCUAUGGGGUACAAGGUUAAGGUGGACUCGAGUUCGAUCUUUGGGGUGAAUCCAAAAUAUAUUCAAGAAGAAGUUGACAGGAAGAAAAAAGAGUACUCUACCAAUGUAGAAAUUAUGAGAAUUUCUAAGCACUGCGAAGUGGAACAGAUUGAAUUUCAUAUAGAGGUACGUCCAGGACAUACUCCAAAGGUGGUUGCUCUGAAAGCUGCAAGAACUUUGAAGGCCACAUGGGUUGUACUUGACAGGCAAAUGAAGAAAGACAAGAAAUAUUUCAUGGAGAGGCUCCAAUGUGGGAUAUCAAGGAUGAAGCGCGACAACACUGCUGAAGUAUUGAGAGGACCAAAAGCAAGAGUAAACCCAAUAACACCCCCAGUCCCAGAAAGAAGAAUGCAGACCAAAAUUCAAGUGACAUAUGAUGAAAUGAUACCAGGAAGCCCAAGGAAAAGAAUCGCUUCCCAGAAUCACUUGACACCACCAAACUUCAGCUCAGGCAAAGAAGUGUAUGUUGAUCACAGUGAAGAAAUCCCCCACGGAAGCUAUAGCCAGUUGACUCCUUUUUCCAAGUCCUCAAGUGAUCUGGUUAUGACAACUACUGCUUCAAGUCUAACUGAUACAACGUACUCCUUCAAUUAUCAAGAAGAAGAGUAUACAAAUACAGAACGAGAAACUGGCGGAGAGCGAUCCCCAUUUUCGAAUGCGGAGAACAUCACUCAUCGGGGAGGUCAAAAAGAGGUGAAUCCAGAGAGCCCAAAUGAACUGAAGCAGAAUAGGAAGUAUGAUGAUUGGAUGGGAGGGGGUCCAACAGAUGAAAUGUUCCAAAAUUCCGUUUGCUCAAUUUGCAAUAACAGGAGACCAAAGAUUGGAUGGAAGAAAGACUUCACUUAUGCAGAGCUCCAUGCUGCUACUGAGGGAUUUUGCUACAAGAAUUUCCUAUCUGAAGGUGGUUUUGGUUCUGUCUACAGAGGAGAGCUUGGUGGGCUGAAGAUAGCUGUAAAGCAACACAAAAGUGCUAGCUUCCAAGGAGAGAAGGAAUUCAAGUCUGAAGUUAAUGUACUAAGCAAAGCAAGAAAUGUAAAUUUGGUGAUGCUUUUAGGUUCAUGUUCUGAAGGAAGUCACAGGCUGCUUGUUUAUGAAUAUGUCUGCAACGGUUCAUUGGAUCAGCAUCUAUCAAAACAUAGCCGCAGACCACUCACUUGGGAAAAGAGGAUGAAAAUAGCUUUGGGAGCUGCAAAAGGCUUAAAAUAUCUGCAUGAUAACAACAUCAUCCACAGAGAUAUGAGGCCAAACAACAUCCUCAUAACCCAUGAUCAUGAAGCACUGCUUGGAGAUUUUGGUCUUGCAAGAACUCAACAUGACGAUUCAGAUCACUCAUGGGAGACCAGAGUCGUAGGAACUCUGGGAUACUUGGCACCAGAAUAUGCAGAAUGUGGGAGAGUAUCAACCAAGACAGAUGUUUAUUCUUUUGGGGUGGUGCUAUUGCAGCUGAUCACUGGACUCAAGACUACAGACAAGAUUCUCGGAGGGAAAAGUCUUGUGGGAUGGGCAAGGCCACUAUUAAAAGAGAGGAACUACCCAGAUCUAAUCGACCCUCGGAUCUUGGACUGCCAUGAUGUGCAUCAACUCUUUUGGAUGGUUCGUGUGGCAGAAAAAUGUCUCAGCAAGGAUCCUCGCAAGAGAUUACCUAUGGACAAGGUGGUACAUGCCUUAAAUCAUAUAAUAGAAAGAGACACAGCAUGUGGAAUCGGAGGGUACUCACCAGCACAAUCAAAUUCCAUAACUAGCACUCCAGAUUCAUAUAAUUCACAAGAUGAUGAUUCCAGUUUUACUGUCGAAACUGGAUCAAAAAGUAGCAUGAGUCAGACGAUUGUAAGGCCGCCACCAUCAUCUCCAUUAAGAUUUUCACCCUCCCCUCCAAUGCUAUGCAGUAGCCAUUUCUAUAAAAGGAUCAGUGACAUCCAGGAUUCAUGAAUGAUCAACUUCAGGCAGUGGACUAGAAGGCCAAAGGUGGAUGGAAAUUCACAGGAUAAGGUGCAGUGCUUCAUGGCGAGAUUGUCAUUUAGAUAUGAUGCCCCCUUAACUUCAUAUGAUGAUUAACGCAGGUUAAUUAUCUUGUUCUUAUUCCUAGACUUUGGAAUAUUUCAUGGUAGCUAAAGUUUUAAGCUCUAUAAUUAUGCUUCGUAAAAACUAGCUUCAAUAAUUCAUUGCCCCAUUAAGAAUUUUUCAAUGGAGAUCAAAUCACCAAACAGGGCAACGGAGGUGCUUCAUUACAGCUUCAUCCCCAACAUGCGCAUUGGGAAGCUUGUGCACAUGAUACAAAAUCAAAUAUACUUGUAUGUGAUUAUAAGCAGACAAAAAUACCAAAAGUUACAAAAUACAAUACACCUGUUUAAAGACGUAAGCUAAUAAAAAAGAAAGAUAAAUUUACAUAAUAUAACAUAUUCAUCGGAAACUCAAAAGAGGCAGCCAUAUGUAAAGAGGAGUAGUGAGCACUCCAC